UGGAGAUGGAAACAGCAGUGGGGCUGCUUGGAAUAGGCAAAUAAAGGAGAUGAAUAGAAAGUGAUAAGGCUGCUGUACUUAUGACUCAAUAGGAGUCCCUCUGCAGAGAGGGGAAGUUGUUAAAAGCACACACACUGAGGUCACAACUCUCCCCUACCCAAGGACCACAAGCCCACGUACAGACUGGAUAGAUUCCCUGGGCGCUGACUGUUCCCACUAUGGACAACAAGUCUGAUGUGAAGGCCAUCAUGGCUCGCUUCAACACGGGGGGAAAUGCUACAGAGGGUAUCUCCUCAGAACGUCCAAAAGCUACAGUGCACCCCACCCUGUCCUCAGGACCCCACAUCCAGCCUAAGAAACCUGCCCUGGAGACCAGCCUCUCAGGCAGCGCAGCCUCCACCGCGCCCAAACCCAACUUCCUCAAGAGCACCAUCACCACCAAGAGCGCUCCAGAAGUCAGGGACUUUCCCAAAAUCAAAGUGAUCCCUAGUAAGUUUGGAAAUGCCCAAGAGGACAGCAAACCCUCCUUUGUCAAACAGUACCCCUUUAAACUCAAACCACCUGGCCCAGAGAUAUCCCAGGAUGCUGAGGUCAAAAGCCCUUUUCCCAAACUCCCUCUCCAGAAGCCCUCUCUGAGCUUGACCUCGUCUGACACCAAGUCUGCCUUUCCCAAACCUCCCCUGGGUGUGGCCAAACCCUCCUGGGUCAAAGACAGCAGCCCCAAACCUGACGAUAGUGGGGGUACCUCGAACUCCAUCCCACCCAAAAUACCCCCUUCCAAAAAAAACAUCAUCUCCAUUGCAAAGAUGAGUCUACAGACAGAGGAUAGUGUGGAUGGAGCAGUGGAAUCUACAACCAAACCACUGGGAGCAGCUUCUAUCCUCAAACCCUCCAACUUCUGGACUACACAGAACGUGUUCAAUAGAGGAGAUACCCUAUCUGAGAAUGGGGUAAAGGAAAUAACCAAACUUCCCCUCACUUCCAGCGACUCUUGUCUUCCUAUACCUACAGCCAGUAAGAAACCCAGCUUCAUUAAGAAGCCCCUGGGUCCCACCUCCCCAGUCGUGGGGGUGAGCAACAGUAGCCCGUCCCCCCCCAAAUUGAACCCCAUGCCCAAUUUCCUGGCAAUAGGGACUGCGCCAGCCAAACCCAACCGGCCUCCUAGGGUGACCUUGGAUAAGUUCAAGAAGGGCACAGAGGCUAGGACUGAUGGUCCUGCUGGGUUAAAGAAGGGAUCUGUUCCCCCAAACCCUGCCUCUCACCCCAGUAACCAUAUGGCCCCACCCCUGCCCUCUCACCCCAUGGCCCCUAGCCUGCCCCCGCGACCACCAGAAGCCAUAAUCCAACCUGACCCAGAUGAGAACUAUGAUGAUGUGGGGUUAAUGAACAAUCCUCCACCCCCUCCCUCUGGAGGACAUCCUAGUCAAAAGACUAAGGACAGUGAGAGUGAUGAAAUGUAUGAAGAUCUUGACAAAAGAUGGGGGGCAGUGGAAUCAAAGGAGCAAGAGAAGAAGAGAGAGAGGGAGGAGAAAAAACGACAGGUGGAAAGGAAAGAACAGAAAGAACGUGAGAGGAAAGAACAAGAGGCCAAAAAGAAAUUCAAACUGACUGGUCCACUGAAGGUCAUCCACAGGGUCCAGGCCAGAGUGGACAGUAAAGGGAGUAAGACGGACCUGGGGCUGAAGCAGGGAGAGUCUAUUGACAUCAUGCGUGUUUUGGACAACCCAGAAGGACGCUGGCUAGGGAGGUCACAGGACGGCUCCUAUGGCUAUGUGAAGACUGAGUCUGUUGAGAUUGACUUUGACACCCUGAAGCGUCAGGGUGUGUCUAUAUCCAGUCAUAUGGAGCACGAACCGGAGGUAUACGAUGAUGUGGCCUUUCAGAAUGACCCCAGCAGUGGGAUUAAGAGUGCAGGAAUGGUUCUUCCUUCCCCUCCUGAUGAGGAUAGUGACAUAUAUGAUGAUCUUGACGAUUCAAGCUUCGACGUCAGAGUAUCCCCACCUUCCCAGUUUGACCAGACAGGAAAUACUGAAUCUUCUGAAGUCAGUGAUUCAGAUAUUUAUGAUGAUGUUGACACCACUAACUUCCAUCUGCCUCCACCUAUUAGCAGUCUCCCACUAAGUAAAACCAAGGGUAAGGCUGAGGACAAAGAUCCUAAAAAGCUAAAGAAACUUGAAAAGGAAGAGAAGGAAUUCAGAAAGAAGUUCAAGUAUGAUGGGGAAAUCCAGGUACUCUAUCAGGUGACCAUCGUUUCCACCUUGGCCAAUAAGAAGUGGAGCAGUAAAGAUCUGUUGUUGAGACCUGGGGAGACUCUGGAUGUCAUCGUUAAGCCUGUAGACAACAAACUCAUCUGCAGAAACGAGGAGGGAAAGUUCGGCUACGUCUUGACCAGCCAUAUUGUAGUAGAAGAUGCUGAUAUCUAUGAUGACAUUAGUGAUGGUUGCAUCUAUGACAACGACUGAACACUGUCUACAAAGUGAUGUGAUAUUUGUAUUUUGGGGGUUUCUUGUUUAUAUCAACAACCUUUAUCUAAUUUACUGUGAUUAUUUUGAGGUGAAGUGGUUUUCAUUCAAGAACAACACAGUCCACAGACACUUCCUCCCUUCAUGAAUAACUGUGACUUUGCAUUGAAUAGGCCUAAAUGACAUACAAUGUUACGUUUUUAUAUUGAAAGUGUAUUUCAAUGCUUAUAUUCUAUAUUCAACAAGAGAUAUUACAAUUCUGAUUGAAAACAAAGGUGCAAUGAUGAUGAUGAUGAUGAUACAUUUAUCAAAAAAAAUAUUAACAAUUUGAUGCCAAAUAUA